GUACCCCAAUAUUUUUGUACUAAAUAAACCCCUUUUGCCCUUUCUCUCUGUCACACACACAAAUAAAGAUAUUCUGUUCUGUUUCUUUGCUUGAAAAGAGAGAAAAAAUGGGUGUUCUUGAUAAACUAUCUGAUUAUUUCCCUGAAUACUCAUCAACUGGAAAAAAACACAAACCAAUGCAGACGGUUGAAAUCAAGGUGAAAAUGGACUGUGAUGGAUGUGAAAGAAGAGUUAGGAAUUCUGUUGCUUACAUGAAAGGUGUGAAGCAAGUGGAGGUAAAUAGAAAGCAAAGCAAAGUAACUGUUAGUGGCAACGUUGACCGAAAUAGAGUGUUAAAGAAAAUACAGAACACUGGAAAAAGAGCAGAGUUUUGGCCAUAUAUUCCAUACAACUUGGUGGCUUAUCCUUAUAUAUCUCAAGCUUAUGACAAGAAAGCACCUUCUGGUUAUGUGAAAAACUCAAUUCAAGCACUAUCUAGCCCUAAUGCAAUGGAUGAGAAACUCACCAACAUGUUUAGUGAUGAAAACCCUAAUGCAUGUUCCAUCAUGUAACAGUGCAUUAAUUAUGGUGAUAUAGUAGUAUUAUGUUAUGUCACAUGGAUUAAUGUUUGAGAGUACUUUAAUUACUAGAUUUAGGAAGUUUUGUAAUUGAGGAGUGUGUAAAAGGAACCAUGUUUUGAUGUUGGGCUAGGAGAAUAAAAUAGAGGAUGUAUAAUUCUAUUUAAUUACCAUUAUUAUACUUGAUGUCUAUCUUGUAUAAUUUCCUUCUUUUAUGAGUUCAAUUAGUUUGAAAA